UUUUGGUCCCAAUCCAUUAAGUGCUUUGUAUGUUGAAAUUAAUAUUUUGAAGUGUAUCGUUUGUGUAAUAGGAAGCCAGUGCAGAUUUUGGAGAACUGGAGUGAUGUGGUAAAUUCUCCUAACAUCAAAAGGGAAACUAAUGGUUAAAGUUAGAAAGUAAAUUGUGAUGGUGUCCUGCAGGUUCCUGGAGCUCACCGUGUUCUUCUCAGUGAAGGCUAAGUCAGGAGAGAAGGAGGUCUCCCCCAACACCCUGUUCUGCGUCUGGCACGAGUUCUCCUCCGACUUCAAGGAUCAGUGGAAGAAAGAGAACAAAGUCAUCCUCAAAGAGCGGUUAAAAGCAGCUGAGGAGUGUUUCCGGCAGGCUAAGGAGAAGGCAUCCUACAGCGUCAAACCCAAACAGGCCUCUGGCAUCAAAGCCAAGCUGGGCAUGAAGAUUUGACUGAACUUUGGAUACUUGUUUUCCUGUGGAGUACCAGACAAUAAAGUACGAAGAGAACAGAAGAGAAACAGUGAAGGGAUGUAUGCCGCUGAGCCCACUCUGGACAUAAUUUCUUCCAGUUGAACCAGUUUCACAUCAGCUUGAUGCCUUACGUUGCUCUCCUGUCCGUCUGUCUGAAUUAUGGAUGGAUGCUGCUGCAGGGCCACCAGGCCCCAUGUGUUGUUGAGAUCACCACAGCUCACAAACAAUAUACAUCUCAUACAUAACUGUUGGGACUAUACGCCUACAUUCAUAAAAAUGUCUCACUAGCAGAAUGGUAAAGGAAAACACAGUUCAACACAACCCAUGGCAUUAAUAGCUCCAACAGCAUGGCACUUAAGUAUUUAAAUAUUAGGGAUUCUAACUUCCAACUGUUAAGUAUUCAGAUCCACCAGGUGUGAAAACUUCUGUGAACAAUACCAGUCAAUCGAUACGGGAGGUUGACAGUCAAAACUAAACUGCUACAGGAAAAGUUUUCUGCAGAAACACUGAUGGAUCUACCCAAGCACAAACAUGCACUCAGAUGUCAUCUCACCACUUUUAUGUUUAGUUAAUUUAACACACAUUGGAUUUACUUUCAACACCACAUACAUUCACCAUCUUUGUAAAUAUACAUCAGCAUGCAACCGGAGGUUGGAUUUCUGGUUUCUUGUUGACCUUGGAAACAGCAGUUAACUAAACAAUCUCAACUUUUGGAGUCAGCCCACAGGAAAAGUGUGGCUGUUUAUAAAGCACUUUAUGUUCUGGCUCAUUACACCUCUAAUGCGAGGAGUGAGAGCAAAAUAUUUUUUCUUAAUUUGUUGUGUAACAUUGCUACACUUUUUUCCACAACUUUGCCAAGAUUUCUAAGCCUCUUCAUACUUUCAUAGUAUUUGCAUCCAACCUUGAAUCUCCAUAUAUAUACACUCUUCUAUUCUAAACCUGGCUGUAGACCUAUUUCCAUUACAAAUGGUCAUCAUACCCCCUUUAAUGCAUUAAACAAUUGCAACAAAAUGUAGGUGGCCUACAAUAGCUUACAUUUAUUAUAAUGACCAUGACUAAGUCUGACCCAUGUUCAGUUGUCAAAUCCUCUUAGUCCAAAGCCCUAAUAUUAAGGUACUCUCCAAAGUAUAGGUCCCCAUUAGAUAUCAGCAUGAUUGUCCAUUACUAUGCUUUUUGAUGAAACAUUUAAAACUAGAUUUUAAAUCUAUUUUAAAGUGAGCCAGUGUAUACAUGGAACCGGCCAAUCUGGACACCAUAGUAAUAUGCAAAUAAUACUGACAACUUCAGAAUAAAAACAGUGUAGGUCUAGAAAGGACAGCAUCUGGGUAAAUCCUUCUUAAUGUCAUUACCAGGUGAGACAUCAUUAGCAGCAGCAUUGAUGGGCAGGAAUAGAAUGUCAUUGUAAACUUACAUGUGUAAUUUGAAUGUACUGUAUGUUAAAUGAUAAGCCAUGUCAAACCACAUACUAAGAAAAAUAUUUGAGUGUGUGUGUGGG